ACGAAUUAAACCAAGUUCGAAUUAAUUUGUUUAAGAAAUAAAUUGCAUUGAAUCCAACUAAUAAUGACUUUACCGUCAGUUGGAGGAGAUGAUAAUACACGAUCGGAAAGUUGGGAUUAUAAAUAUGAUACGGUUGCCGUUGAAGAUGGUGAAAAAAAAUCGAAAUUUACUGAGGAAGAGGAGGAAAAGUCGAAUUUUACACAAGAAUAUAUUUCGACUGGAAUAUCAUCCCUUGGAAUGUUGAUAUCAGGUAUACAAUUCGCCUGGAUUGGUCCAAUACUACCAGCACUCUUAUCUGGUGCUUUUAAAAUUCACAUAACAAUGAAACAAUCUGUAUGGGUUAUGAGUUUGUUACAAGUUGGAGCCGUUCCUGGAUGUAUACUUGGUUCGAUUAUUGCAAACGUUUAUGGACGUCGAAUAUCAAUUUUAUUCAUUUCAAUACCAUUUAUUAUAUCAUCGAUAGUAACAGUUAUGGCUGAAAAUGUUAUGCAUUAUUAUAUCGCACGAUUUAUCAGUGGGAUAAGUGUGGGUGCAUGUUUUUCUGUGAUACCAAUGUAUAUAAGUGAAAUUGCAUCACCAGAAAUUCGCGGAAAAUUAGGUACAUCCUAUGGAUUAUCCAUGAGUGCUGGAAUACUUUUAUCAUUUAUACUUGGAGCAUACUUGCCAAUUGUUACAAAUGCAAUGAUUUGUACAAUAUUUCCAAUUAUCAUGUUAAUCCUUUCUUUUUACUUGCCAGAAACUCCUUAUCAUUUUAUUAUAAAACAAGAUUUCGAUCGGGCGGAAAAAACAUUGAAAUUCCUACGAAAAAAAUCAAAUGUACGUGAAGAAUUGAAACGAUUAAUUGAAGGUAAUAGAGAGGAAACGGCAAAAGGUAAAACAUCAUUUUGGGACUUAUUAACAAAUCCAACCAAUCGGAAAUCAUUGAUUAUUAUAUGUGUGCUGUUAAAAGGCCAACAAUGGACCGGUUCAACCGCAAUUUUUGGAUAUUCUCAAGUAAUUUUCGAAGAAGGUCAUUCAAGUAUUUCAGCUGAAACAUGCGGUGUACUAUUAGCCGUAAUGAAUUUUGCUGUAGUAUUUCUUUGUGGAAGUCUUAUCGAUCUUUUGGGUAGAAGAAAACUUUUAAUGAUUUCCGCACUCAUAGCAACAUUUCCACUAGCUAUGUUAGGGUGUUAUUUUUAUCUUCAAGAUAAUGUAAAGUAUGAGUACAUCGAAUAUUUUCGGCUAACACCAUUAAUCGCUAUUGUCAUUUAUAAAUUUUCGUAUGGAAUUGGACUUUCACCAAUUCCAUAUGUAUUAUUGGGUGAAAUAUUUCCAACAACGGUUAAAGCACAUGCAGCCUCGUUUGUUUCCGUGUAUGGAUCACUUGUUGGAGUUUGUGCCAAUAAAAUGUAUGAGCUCAUGUAUUCAGAAUUUAGUUAUCCGGGUACAUUUAUUAUGUAUGUUGGAUUUACGCUACUGAUGUUACCAUUUAUUUAUUUUAUGGUACCAGAAACGAAAGGAUUAUCUUUGGAAGAAAUUCAAGCGCGAUUAAAAAAGGAAUACAUGAUGGCUCAAAAUAAGAAAGAAAAUGAUUAUAAAUAUAGUGAAGUUUUAAAUGAGAAACCUGAAGAGUUUGAACUUUCAAUAGAAACGAAGAAAGGCUAUUAUUUUCAAGAAUGGAUUGUUUCUUUUAUCGCUUCGAUGUUAUUAUUCGUAACUGGUAUCCAUUACAUGUGGGUAUCGCCAAUUUUACCAGCUUUACUAAAUGGGUCAGAAAAAAUUCAUAUCACCACAGCGGAAUCAGUAACAAUAUUGGGUAUCUUAAAUAUUGGCGUUGUGCCUGGAACUAUUGGCGGAUCAAUGUUAGCUGAUCGUUUUGGACGGCGUCUAACAUUAAUCUGGACUGGAGUAUUAUUUGUGAUAUCUGGAAUUAUUUUAAUAUUUUCAUACACAGCAUUCACCUUAUGUAUGGCUCGAUUUUUAGCUGGACUUAGUGCAGGUGUUGGAGCAACAGUUGUGUUAGUGUACUGUAGUGAAAUUGCAUCGCCAGAAAUUCGCGGUAUCUUAUUAAUUGUAAUGACUACGUUCUCAAAUUUGGGAAUGGUUGUUGUAUAUUUUAUCGGAACAUUUUCAAAUUUCCAAAUGAACACAAUUAUUUGUUGUAUUUUCCCAGUUGUAACUUUACUUAUUUUAUUUUACAUUCCCGAAUCGCCGUAUUACUUAAUUUAUAAAAAGGAUUACGUUAAUGCAGAAAAAUCGCUGCGAUUUUUACGAGGACGAUCAAAUGUAACUCAAGAGUUAAAAGAAAUGAAAGAAGGUGGAACAAACAAGGACAGUGAACAAACGAAUAAUUUUUUAGCCCUAUUCACGGAAAAAACUAAUCGUUGGGCACUUUUUAUGGCUGGUGGAUUAAUUUGCUGUACAGAAUUAACUGCUACGAAUGUCAUUUCACAGUAUUGUAAUGUAAUUUUUGAAAAAGCAAACUCCAGUGUUAUGUCAGCCGAUGCCGGAGGUAUAGUUCAAUCAAUUAUCAAUAUGGUAGUUGUUCUUUUAUGUGGAUGCAUGAUAGAAAAAGUGGGGAGAAGAGUUUUAUUGUUAGCUUCGUGUUUUUUAUCAGUUUUUCCAUUAAUAGCUGUUGGUAUAUUUUUCUAUUUUCAAGAAAGUGGAUAUCCAAAUAUUGAUCAAUACUCCUUGAUACCAUUUAUUGGUUUAACAUCCCUAAAAUUCACCGUAGGUUUGGGUAUUUAUUGUAUACCGUUCAUAUAUAUUGGAGAAUUAUUUCCAACCAAUGUAAAAGCAAAUGCUUCCGCAAUUUGUAUAAUUUUAGCGACAGUUUUUAAUGUUCUAGCAAUAAAACUCUACCAGUUAUUAACAGAUCACGUCUCGUAUGAUAUUGCGUUCUAUGCCUUUGCCCUUUUAUGUAUAGCUAGUGGCAUAUUUGUGUACGUUUUUGUGCCAGAAACUCGUGGAAAAUCAUUUGAAGAAAUUCAAGAAGAUUUACGUAGGAUAACUAAAUAGAUUUACUUCAUAUUAACUCGUAAGAUAAUUAAUGGUUUGUAUCAAAUCUCUCAGGAAAUCGAUGAACAACGCAUUCUUGUGCGUUCAAAGAAAAACGGGUCAUUCGCUAUUAUGUGUUUUUUGGAAUUUUGAAAAAACCUACCGUCUUUCUUUUAAAUAAUCUUCAAAGCCAAAGUAUAGUCCAAAUGUCUGCUUUUUUAGCAAAGGGCAUAUGAUAAAUUACUUUAUGUAAAUUUGUACGUACAAGAUUAAAUAUUUGUUAAAAAAAAUGUUAAAUAAUAAAAGAAAUAAUAAAAUUUGUAAAAAUUAAUCUGGUUAUUAAGUUUAAAAAAACAAUAGGCAGUCAUAAAGACUGCCAACAGAAGCGAAAACUUAAAACUUUGGAAGAACUGUGUGUUUUUAUUUUUUUUUAUUUUUACAUUAAUUAUUUUACAUUUGAAAAUAGAAAUUAUAAGCCUUAUAGCUAAACUCGGUCACAUUUUGAUGUAGCUUCGCCUGCAAUUAAUUAGGGAAUAAAUAAAAAUAGACUACCAUCCCUUUUUUAAUUUUUAUAAAUAUUCGUUCCCGUGAGAAAUUUGGAAUGCAAUGUAUGAAUAAACACUCUUGGGUAUAAGUGCAACGACUUGUCAAAAUUUCAAUCAAUCCAACGACUAUCUUCCGAGUUUUACUGUCAGAAACAUUCUGAAGCAAAAUUUGUAUGUAUAAGAUAUACAAUGGAUAUAAUAAAACUAUUUUAAAUAAUAAAAAGGCAACAACACACAAUGUUCUCAAUCGAUCCCAUCCAAGCACUGACUGUGUACAAAGUGUUUAGCAACAAUUUUAUGAAAGAAAAUGUAUAGAUUAUUAUUAAAUAUGUAAAAAUGUUGAAUAAUUGAAUUAUAAAAAAAGAAAUAAAA